AUUUAUCUGUCCUCUCAACAUUCGUCAUACAAGGAAUUCACACACACACACACUCUGAUCUCUCCGCCCAGAAGGACAACGCGGAAACAAUGAGGAUUUUUCUGCGAAUUGCUAUUUUCGCACUUUUCUCCGCCUUCUUCACCCAUGGAGCCGCGAUGGAGGCUGACGAUGCACCCUUUGAGCCCGGCAAGGAGAUCUGCUCGCGAUGUCACUGCGCUCUGCAUGAAUCACAGCCCACUUCCAGUCACUACCUCAUCGAUUGCUCAGCCAAGAGCAUGCACAACGUUCCUACGGAGUGGCCAGAAAUUGAGGGCUCUUCCGACGUAAUUGUCGUGGCGUCCUUUUCGGGAAAUGAGAUGAAAACUCUCCACCGUCUUCCUCAGUCUGAUCACUUCAUGUACUUCAGCUGUCGCCACUGUGAGCUGCGCGUCAUUGAGGUGGACGCAUUUAUCGAUGUUCCAAGGAUUCUGAGACUAGAUCUCAGUUGGAAUCAACUCUCGGGCGAAACUCUGCGCUCUGACACAUUCCGCGGCCGCUUCAGCACCCAAAGAUACGAGCCAAUCGAUCUGGAGGAGCUGAAUUUGAGCCACAACAAGAUUCGCAGCCUGGAGAGGAAGAUCUUUGAGCAUCUGCCGAGACUGAAGACUCUCUCGCUCGCUUAUAAUCCCAUGGUUGAAUUUGACCCGAUGACUCUUGCAGCUCUGUGUUCACUGCCCAAGAUUGAGCAUCUGGACUUCUCUUACAUGGGUCUCUCUGCCAUUCCCGAUGAUAUUUUCCGGGGAAAACCCAAACUCCGCGAACUCCUGCUGCAGGGCAACAACUUCCACGCUGUUCCCGAGAGUCUGGCGCUCCUCGGCAAGUCCCUGAAGUCACUCUACAUCGGUGUGAAUCCCGUGGAAGAGCUGACGGAGCAGAGUUUCAUGGGACUUACCAAUUUGGUGCAUCUCAACAUCAGUUUCAUGCCGAAUCUGCUUGAGAUUCGCGAGCACACAUUCUCUCAGCUCACGAAUCUGGAGAUGCUCAUGUGCAGCGACAAUCCACAAUUGGCACAAUUCGACAUGGAGAGUCUGCGAUCGCUGAAAUCCCUGCGGGAACUUCAUCUCUCGAAUUGCUCACUGAAGACACUCAACAUCGAACUCAAGUCGCUGGAUGAGAAAAAUGACUUUCCCAAGCUGAGACUCCUGAAGCUGGAGCACAAUCGCUGGCUGUGCGACUGUCGGCUGCUGUCCACGCUGCUGGAGUUGGAGCACCACGGCCGGAAGGGAUUCUACAGCGAUGACAAUGCAAAGUGUGACUUGCCGUACGAAUUGUCCGGCGUUCUGCUGUCUGACCUCUUCAAGCAACCUCUGUGCUCGAUGGACGGCAUCAAGAGGACGCCCAGGAUUCCCAUCUACGAGCCAGCGCCGUUCCUGCGGCCCAAAUCCAUCCUCCUGUCCAUCUUCUCGGUCAUCGCCGUCGUCACGAUCGGCCUGGCGGUCGGCUGUGGCAUUGUGUACAUCAAGAAGAAGCUCAAGCAGAGCGAUUUCGGCUUCACCACGCCUGUUCGCUACACAACAGUGCGCGAGAGCUUCAGCACCACCACCACCGUGGCCUAGAGAGAGAGAGAGAGAUCCCUAAAAUUUAGGUGAAAGAGAAGCAAUAAUUAAGGCUCAAAAUUAGAUUCUUUCCUUCUUUUGCUGAUAUGCAAACAUAUAAAGAGCUAGUCAAGAGGAAUUUUUACAAAUGUACUGCUUAGAUGAUAAUUUGUAAUUUACCAUAAUUUACAUUGAAAUUAUGCUAAAAAGAAAGAUUAAUUGUGUAAGGAGAUUUUACCAAAAGAAACAACACUACGAAUUUGAUGGGAAACUGUUUUCAAAUACGUUACAUUUCUCCU